UUGAAACACGAAUUUGUGGGAGCAGAAUUGUUUAGAAGAUGCUAAGACAUUGGUUUGAAAAUAAAUGUUUAAAAAUUGAGUGUGAUUAUGAUCUCAAAAUGCUCCAGUUUCAGUAUUUCGCUUUUGACUGUGGCUGGGCUGAUUAAAUACCGUCAUUCUUGGAGUUUGUUGCAAAAACAUUUGUUUAGCGUAGUUUAACCACCAGAAUUGUUUGUACUGUUUAUCCUGCUAUAUGUACAUAACCGUGAUAUAUUUUGUACAUUAUUUUGUAUAUUUUAUGCAUGUAGAGACUCUAAAUUUCCUGUAGGCUAUAUUUGCAUUGUGUAAUGCAUACAGAUAAUUGUUUUACCCUGUGAGUGAUGAGCUUAAAAUGUGAUAUCAUAUCACUCAGAAAACUAGAAAAUUAGAUUUGUACCACAGACUAAUACUAGGGAAUUUCUGCUUCAAAUGCCAUUUGAACAGGGCUAUGCCUUUUACAGCGUUGUGUAUAUUUGUUUUUAAUAUUGCAGAUGCCUUUUGACUGCAAGACUGCUGAAAUGCUUUGAGGGCUGCAUCACCUUUCCUAACCAUGAACAGUUCAAAAUCACCAGGGCUGGCUGGAUUUGGAGUCUUGAAAAACUCAACGUGCCACACGGAGAAAAAGAUUUCAGUUUUCUUUUCCAUAAUCUUCAUGACGGCGGGAAUUUUGUCCAACAGUCUUGCAAUAGUAAUUCUCAUGAAGGCAUACCAGAGAUUCAGACAGAAAUCAAAAGCCUCCUUUUUGCUUCUUGCCAGUGGCUUGGUUGUCACAGAUCUCUUUGGUCACCUCAUCAAUGGAGCCAUUGCAGUGUUUGUGUACGCAUCAGAUAAAGACUGGAUUCGAUUUAACCAGUCCAACAUUCUGUGCAGUGUUUUUGGCAUCUGCAUGGUUUUCUUUGGUUUGUGCCCACUCUUCCUGGGCAGUGUGAUGGCUGUUGAACGGUGCAUUGGAGUCACUAAGCCAAUAUUUCACUCUACAAAAAUGACUUCUAGACAUGUGAAAAUGAUGUUGACUAUGGUAUGUCUGUUUGCUGUUCUUAUAGCUUUGCUGCCUAUUCUUAGGUUUAGAGCCUACCAAAUUCAAGCAUCGAGGACCUGGUGCUUCUAUAAAACAGAACAUGUUGAGGACUGGGAAGACAGAUUUUAUCUCUUACUUUUUUCUUGCCUUGGGUUCCUGGCCCUUGCUAUUUCAUUCCUGUGCAAUGCUGUCACAGGAAUUACCCUCUUAAGAGUCAAAUUUAAAAGUCAACAAAGACAAGGCAGAUCUCAUCAUUUUGAAAUGAUCAUUCAGCUCUUGGCUAUAAUGUGUGUUUCUUGCAUUUGCUGGAGCCCGUUCCUGGUGACAAUGGCCAGGAUUGGGAUAAAUGAAGGUGGCUCAAAGGAGACCUGUGAAACGAUACUUUUUGCUCUCCGAAUGGCCACGUGGAACCAGAUUUUAGACCCCUGGGUGUACAUUCUGCUCCGGAAGGCUGUUCUCAAAAACCUGUACAAGAUCACCAGUGGGUGCUGUGGUGUGCAUGUCAUAAACUUACACAUGUGGGAACUCAGCUCCAUCAAGAAUUCCCUGAAGGUUGCAGCAAUAUCAGAGUCACCAGGAAGUUCCAAACAGAUAAACCUCCAGCCUCUCAGCUCUAUGGGACAAUAAAGUUUAACUCAGUCUAUGAAGAGAGGAUGGAGGCAACGCUCCUACAUGAGCAGUACCUUAAAAUGAGUUCCAAGGCUCAGUGGUUUGGCAUUUGUUUUAAAUUGUGAGUGGUUUGCUAUUGUUGUUUGCCAGUUUGGUAUUGCUACUCCUAAAGAUGCCCUUGAAUGUUUUAAUUCACUUUUGAAUACGUCCCUUCCAAAACUGGUAGUGGAAUGUUAAAUCAUCUAUAUUUUUCUCUUCCAUGUACUAAAGUGAAGAGGGCUCUUUAUAACACUCCCUCACCAAACCUUUCACCUUAAUAGACUUCUUACAAGCGCAGAAGUGAUCUCCAGGAUGAUUUUCAAAAGGGGUAGAUUUUUUCCUACCAGAGAUACCCUCAAAUCCUUUGCAGAGCCACUGCUUUCUGGAAUAAAGUCAAGCAUCCUUUCCAUAAGGGUAUUCUGUGCUUCCAGGCAUUGAAUUUCCCAAUUGUAUAUAUAAAAGACAUUUUGCUUAUGUCCAGUUUAUUAAAUGAUCCAUUGUGGUUGGUUCAUUGACUUGACCUCUUAAUUAUUUACUGUUCCAUGAAUUUUUGGGAGAGUUGCAAACUCUGCAUCAGUGUUAGAGUUCCUUUCAAACCACUGGCAAAACCUGAGGUUCCAUGUGGGACUACAGAAGCAGAUGAGCUCAGCUUCCUUAUAGUUAUGUUUUGAGGUGUAUUGGUCAGCUUUUAGUCCUUUCAGCAAUUUUUGUUGAAACUAACAGGCAUAAAGCAGUGGUUAGUCUGUGAAAACAGUAGUUUUCCCCUCCCUCCCAAAUUAAGGAUGAUUCUGGAAGCGUUCCCCUAGUGCAUGUACUGAAAUGCUCACGUGUACAUCUGCCUCAUUUGUAAAGGGUCACACACGUCGUGAAAAUGUGUGUGACCAAAUGGGCACCUCUGCAGGGAACUGCUUUGGGAGCAGGGUUUUGUUUGUGAAAACAAACUGAAUGCUCAGUUUUUGCAGGGUCUGUGUCUGAAGAGCUGAGAGCAUUCAAUAACUUGAAGGUACCAGACAAUUUUCAGGACAGCUUCACAUGGAAGGCCCUUCACCUUUAAUGCUGCUAAAAGAAGCUUUGGUUUUUGUGACUGUGUGCUAUUCAGAAGCCAAAAAUGAGAGAUAUUGUUUAAAGAUAGGUCUAUGUUAUUUUUACCUACUUAACUUCAAAUGACUACAUUAGCAAAGUGUUGGUAUAUUUGAACAAAGUAGUUAAAAGCAGAUUCACUAAGAAGACAGUCUGAGGGACCAAAACUAUUCACAAAGUACAAAUUCAUGUUGUAUGUGAGAAUAGUUUGUAAAUCAGAA